GGUAAAGACAAUAGAGAUGGAGGUGAAGAAAGAGGAAGAAGGGAUGAGAAUGCUGGAAGAGAGAGUGAAAGAGCAGCAGAAGAUGAGGAGAGAAAUGCAGAAAAAAACAAAGGAGGAAAGAUUAUUGAAGGAGAUGGUAGAAGAAGCAAUAGAACGGAAGAGAAAGCUGAGAGAGAUGGAGAACAGAGCAAAGGAGAUAGGAAGAGGACUGAAGAAGAUGGUAGAGAAAAUGAGAGAACAGGAGCGAAUGCACAGAGAAAUGGGGGACACAGAAAGCCACACGUACACGGACUCGGACGAUUCUUGGAUGGAGGAGGAUGAGGAUAAGGAAGCACUCAAGAGACAAGAAGAAAUAACAAAGCUUAAAGAGAAGAUAUCUCUGGAGGGCCAAAGGAUAGCACAAAUACAGAGAGAGGCAAAGGUGAGAGACGAGGAGAGAAAGAAGAGAGAAAUUGAACAAAGAGCAAGAGAGGAGGAGAGAAAGAAGAGAGAGACUGAACGAAAAGAACAAUUAAGAAAUGCGGAAAGGGAAAAGAGAAGAUGGGAAGAAGAGGAGCGGCUGAGAAAUGAGAGCUGCUGGCGGAUAGGAAGGGAAAUACUAUGGAGGGGCUAA